AUGCCGAUGUCCUCGCCCGUGCCCGCGGCGGUCGCGAAGCGCCUCAGCGACGACGGCGCCGCCGCCGGGUCGCCGACGACGUUUAACUUUUCGCGCGUCGCCGCGGCGGUGGACGCGUCCAUCGCGUGGUUGGACGACGGCAGGGCGGACGUCGACGGGAACCGCACCGGGGAACCCGCGCGGUGGACGAUGACGCACUCGCUCCUGCGCGCGAUCCCGGCGCUGGCUUCCGCGGCCGCGGCGUCGGCGCACGACGCGAGAGCGGGCGAGACCGUGUGCGGCGUGCGCGUGUCGAGAGACGGCGGGUUGGGCGUCGACGCGCGGCUGUGCGCGAGCGUGCUCCGGUCGGUCGUGCACGUGUUGACGAAUCUCACGAACGAGAACCCCGCCGGGUGCGCGGCGGUGCGGGCGUGCGACGGCGGGCUAGACAACGCCGCGUCGCUCGUGCCGUGGUGCGCCGCGCUGCAAGGGUUGAUCCCGGGCGCGGGGCCGUCGAAGGAGAAACGCGAGGAGGCGGCGAUUCGAUCGGGGGAGGUUCGAAAGAACGCGACGCGGGCGGGGUUGGGGCCCGCGGCGGCGGCGAGGCAGGCGAAGGAGGACGCGGAGUGCGGCGUCGCCGCGGACAUGCUCAACGCGGCGAUGUGCCUCCUCGUGAACAUGUGCGAGAUCGACGCGGAGACGUGCAAGGCGCUUCGGACGCUCGAGACGGACGUCGGCGCGUUGGAGUGCGUCGGCGCGCAUCGCGGGAAGAACGGCAAGAAGACGACGCUGAAGUCCGCGGCGAAGGCGCGCGCGGCCGCCGCGGCGUUGGCGUCGCGGCACGUCGGGCUCGUCGAGCUUCUGACGCAGAUAUUCGUCCGCAGCGGCGGCGCCGGGCCCGUGGACGAGGACGGGAACGUGAUCAAGAAGGCGUCGGAGGGCGACGGCGACGGCGACGGCGACGGCGACGGGAAGCGAGAGACGCGAAAGACGCGCGCGUCCGCGGCCGCGGCGGCGAACGAACCCGAGGACGACGAGGUCACCGCGGAGAUGAUCGAAGCGAGGGAGAAGGAGGGGGAUGGGUUGAUAACGCAAGCGUACGCGGCGUUACUCGCCGCGUUCCUCGUGGAGAACCAACCCGCGUUGAGAGCGGACGUCGUGUGCUCGAUGCCCGAGGGGGGCCUCGCGGCGAUGGCCGGCGUCCUCGAGCGGUUCCGCGCGUUCCACGAGAACCUGGACAGCAUCUCGGAGGAGUCGCACGCGUCGCUGUCGAGGAUCAUCAAGUGGCUCAAAGGGAACAACUGACGACGCGCGAUGGAGGGGAGAGAGGGACUGACGGCUGUUGCGUAGAGUGAAUUUUUGCGACGACGAAAACGACGUAAACCU